AUGGGCUUUCUCAAGAAGAAGGAUGGGGACGAUGACUCGAACAGGAACGCCCUGUUCAGCAGCAAGGGAAAGUCCAAGUCGCCUGCGCCCCAGAACAGCAAUCCUUAUGCACAAGCCGCUAUCCCUCCCGAUCCAUACACACGAGCGAAGAUGAACGCUGGCGGCGGCUACGGCAGCAUGAGCCAAGCCCCGCCGAAUCGAGGAUAUGGUCAACAGCCCAGUGCAUACGAUAGUCAAGCGGGUGGCUACCCCAACAACAGAUACGGAGCGGCCCAGGGCGACAACAAAUAUCAGGGAGGUGGUGGCGGAGGCUAUGCUCCUGAUCGAUAUGCCAACCAAGGAGCCUACGGGGGUGCCAGUAGUGGCGGAAAUCCGUAUGGUGCACCGCAACCGUCAGGGGCGGCAAGAUCGGGCGGCUACGGCGGCCUUGGUCGAACAGCUAGUUACGAGACGACGCCCGAUGACAACAGAGACGCUCUUUUUGGUGGUGCCGCUCAGAGACUUGAACAGCGGCAACAGCAAGGACCUCCAGAUUAUGCCUAUCAAAGCCAGGACCAGAGUGGUGGUGAUACGAGCUAUGGCGCGUACGGUGAUCGACAGUUGACGGCAGAAGAGGAAGAGGAGGAAGAUAUCCAGGCAUCAAAGUCAGAAAUUAAAUCCAUGAAACAGCAGGACGUGGCAUCGACACGCAACGCUCUGCGUAUAGCAGCUCAGGCUGAGGAGACCGGACGGAACACGUUGGCUCGACUCGGCGCUCAAGGCGAGCGGAUGCACAACACAGACCGGAAUCUUGAUAUUGCCAACAACCAGGUCAGCAUGUCUGACGACAAGCAGAAAGAACUGAAGAAGCUUAAUCGCAGCAUGUUUGCCGUCCAUGUGGGCAAUCCUUUCAACUCGAAGGCUCGUCAACAGGAGAAAGACGACAAGAUCAUGGAGCGCCAUCGCCUCGAGCGUGAGCAGCGCGAGGCUACGCGCGAGCAAGCAUUCCGGAGUACACAGCGCAUGAACCACAACUUCAAGGGCUUGGACGAUACAUACAGCACAGGACCUCGCAAGACGAAUCUUGCCGAACGGUCCAAGUAUCAAUUCGAGGCAGAUUCUGAUGACGACCGUAUGGAGGACGAAAUCGAUCGCAACCUCGACGAUCUCACCGGAGCGGCCAAGAGGCUGAAUCUGCUGGCCAAGGCCACCGGACAGGAAAUAGAAUCCCAGAACAAAUUGAUUGAGGGAAUCAGCGACAAGGUGAGGCCUAAGUGUCUGUUCGUCAUGCGUGUGCUGAUCAUCGUCACUACAGGGCGACAAAUUUGA